AUGGCGCGCGAAUUCGGCCUAGACAAGAGUUUCCUCGAGCGGCUUCUCGCUCGUCCUCUGUACAGCGACGAUGGUGGGCGCGGUACUGCGUACAUCAAGCUCACGCAGAACUACCGCUCGCACAAUGCGAUCCUGCAGUUCCCGAACGAACGGUUCUACGACGGCGAGCUCCAGGUGUGCGGCGCGCCGGAGGUGAUCAACUCACUCCUGCGGUCGCCGCAGCUCGCGGCGCCGCAGUUCCCCGUUGCGCUGCAGGUCAAGUCGUACAUCACCAAGCUGAUCGCAGAUCGACGCUUCCCCGUCACGGCACUGGAGAUCGGGGUCAUCGCCCCGUACCAUGCGCAAGUGCGCAAAAUCCGGCGGCUCCUCCAGAAGGCGAACCUCGCGGACGUCAAGGUCGGCUCCGUUGAGGAGUUCCAGGGCCAGGAGCGUCGGGUCAUUCUGCUUUCGACGGUGCGCAGCAGCACAGACUUGCUGACGUACGACGCCAAAUUUUCGCUUGGGUUCCUCGCGAACCCGCGGCGCUUCAACGUGGCCGUCACGCGCGCGAAGGCGCUGCUCAUCGUCGUGGGCGACGCGCCCAUCCUCUCCAUCGACCCGCUGUGGCGGUCCUUCAUGAACUACAUCCACGCGGGCGGCGGCUGGCGCGGGGACGCGCCGACGUGGGACGUGAACGCGCCCGUGCAGGACGAGGCCGACUACGCGGACGAGCUCAGGGAGGCGGUCGCGGCGGAGAUGAGCGCGGCGGUCGCGCUGCUCGGGCCGGAGGACGAGGAGGAAGAGAUGGUGGACGAAGAGGCGGAGGCGAAUGUUGAUCGUGCCAUGGAGUGGCACGAGAAUGACGGGGGCGACGCUGCGGACUGGCUUCGGCAGGUCAAGCUCGUCGUCGAGCUCUACUGUACGCAGUGUCAAGUCAGCGUCCCGAGCGCGAAGGAAUGGGACGCGCAUCUCGCCGAACGUCCCCACGGCCAUGAACGUCCUUGCAACCCUGCAGCCCACGACGAGUUCUUCUGCCUCGUCUGCAAGAAGUUCAUCCCUCCCUCUUCCGAGCCUAAGCAGGGCCACUCGAAGACGAAGUUCCACAAGGACCUCGAGGCGAUCGCCGCCUUCAAGGCCGAAUGGAAGGAAAGAACGCCCUCGACAGGCCGUCAUCGUCUCGCACAGGGAGGGCGUCAAGUUCGGAAGCGUUGUUCCUGA